AUGUAUCGACAUUCACAUCCUCAGAUGUGCUGUAUUUACUUGCUGAUUCGGAAAGAUCCCUUGAAAAUCAAGUUUGGUCCAGUUCAUAUUGGACCAGAGAAAACAUCUGAAGAUAACGCACCAGUGCAGAAUUCUGACAGUAAAGAUAUCUGGUCAGAAUAUGAAGUCCCAGAAGGUUCUGAAUUUGAUGUAAUAGAUGAUCCUAGACCUCAGCCUGAGUAUGAUAUGUUGUAUAGUCAAUCAGUCACGAGCGAGGAUAUAUUUUUACAAAUGGGUAACAAGACAUCAGCUACAUCUAGCUGUGAAAAUAUGACAAUAAAAAUCAAACUUCCAAGCACAAAAAUGUCAGAGGUAGAAUUAGAUGUCAAGUCAAAGUUUCUUGACUGCCGCACACCUAACUAUAAACUUGGGCUGCACUUACCUCACAAUGUUGACCACAAGAAUGGCAAAGCUCAGUGGGACUCUAAAACAGAAACUCUUAUUGUGACUUUAAGAAAGGUCAGAGACUUUGAUGAAUUUAACUUCUAA